AUAGCAAUAGAAGCAACAUCCUCAGAGAAAAUGUGUCAAGAGAAUGGUUCCAUGUGCUCAGUGGAGUGUCAGCCCUGGCCAGGGGCUGCGAUGUCCUUCCAUUGUUACAAGAAAGAAGGAAGACAAAGCCAGGAUGGGUGCCAGGAGUUUCACAGAGGGGCUCCUGUUUCAUGGCCUGUGUUUUCUCAGAGAAAUAAGAGGAAAUGUGUGCUUACCUGUGUGUCCUAAUUUUUCAUUGAUAAUCAUAGAAUAUUGGAGUAAUCAAAAUUUACAAGAGCAGUUGCUGUGGGUUGAAUUUUGCCCUGAAAGAGAUAUGCUCAGGUUCUGAGCUCCAGUACCUGUGAAUGUGACUUUAUUUUGAAUAGGGUCUUUGCAAAAAAAUAAAAAAUAAAAAAAUAAAGUUAAGAUGAGGUCCUACAGGAUUGGGAUUAGUCAUAUACCCUUAAUCCAGUGAGUGGUGUCCUUACAAGAAGAGGUAUAUUGGACACACAAACAGAUGGAGAAGAGCACCAUGAUAUGAAGGAGGAAGAGAUUGGAGUGAUGCAUCUACAACCGAAGGAAGCCAACCGAUGACUACUGGCAACCUGCGGAAUCUUGGAAUAAACUCUCCCUCAGAGCUUGCCAGAAAGAACCAACCUCACGAAAACCUUGAUUUCAGACUCAUAGCCUGCAGAACUGCAGAAGAAUAAAUUUCUGUUGUUUAAAGCCACGCAGUCGUAGUAAUGUGUUGUGGCCUCCCUAGGAAAUUAACACAGUUGUGUUACAUUUUGAGACAUAGAUAGCCCUCAACCGAUCCUGUUAACCAGAUGAUAAUCUUCAGCAAUGCUCUUACCUGUUCUCACAGUAGGAGAGGAAAGACAAACAGGUUUCAUCCACAGUGCCCAUGGAUUGCAUCAGAAUCAUCCAAACUGUUCUCCUUGCUUCCUGCUCUGACCUCUUCCAGCCUGUUCACAACCAAGCACCUGGAGUGAUCCCUGGAGGCUCCAAAUCCUUCAGGGACUUUAUGUGUCAUGGACAAUAAAAGCCAAAGGACUUCCAGUGCCCCGCUAUCCCACAUGCAGCCUGAACCUCUAUUAUCUCUCUUACCAUACUUCCCACUCUUCUAGCUAUUCACUGCCUCUGCUCUAAUCACUGCUUUUCUUUGAAUACAUCACGCACAGUCUUGCUGUAUGGUCUUUGCACAAACUGUGCCCUCCGUCUGAACGGCUCCCCCAAAAAUAGCUGCCUGGCUAACUCCAACAUCUUUCUCAACUAUUGCUUUCCAAUGAGGGCUACUCUGACCAUGCUAUUGUAAAGUGCAAUCCAAUACCCCAUGCCCAGCACUGUGGAUCUCCCUUGUCCUGCUAUAUUUUUCCAUGGCAUUUAUUGCCUUCUAACAUACCAUAUAUUUUAUUAUGUGAUGUUUAGUGUCACCCUUUUGUCAUCCUGUGAAAAAUCUACCCUCACAGGGUGAAGAUUCUUGACUCUUUCAUUCAUUAACAAAUUUUAGGAACACAGAACAGUGUCUGGUUCACAGUUAGUGCCCUACAAGUUUUGCUGAAUGAAUGAAUAAGGGUAAUGUGUGUAUCAGAGUAAUGUAAGCAUAACCAGGUAAGCGAUGAGUACAUGGUAGCAAUGAUCAUAAAAGGAUUCUAUUAUAAAUUAUCACUGGACUAAAAAUGGGAGUCCUAGUACACAAGACACGUACUUGCCAUCACUAAAACAUUGCCUACCCACAUGAUGCCCUCUCUCCACAAAAUUGAUCCCUGGUGAGGAGUAACUAUUGACCGCCCACUGAGUGGUGACUCCUUAUGCUAAGCACCACGAAUACAAGGGCAGGAGCAGGAUUUUUGGUUGCACAGCCGGUGUUUCAGGCACCCAUCCUCCCAGGGAACCCAAGAGAAGAGCCCUGUAUCUCCUUAGUAAAUGCAGAACCCAAGCUCCCAAGCCAUUUUCCCCAGGCCAUCCUAAUGGCUCCCUCAGCCUUGAUGGGAGAAGCCACGAUGUUCCCACCCAUCACCUUUUAGUAGCCACAGGAACCUGCCCACCCACCCACUGCAUGCCCAUUGGUUGGACAGUGGUAGAGGUGGGCCCUGACGAGCGCAUGCUCAGAGGGAGAAGUCAGCGGAGAACCUGGGAGCUCCUUUGGAGGCUGCGGUGUCCCUGACUCUCCUGAGGGGGGCUCACUAACGGGUGGGUCCCAUGCCACAGUGUCUGAGGAGAAGCAGGAAGUGAGUCCCUGAGGAGACGCCGUGACCUGAGGGCUUCCCUUACUGAGGAGGCCUCGUGCUUCAUCUGCCACAAGCGGUGCCCAGGCCGGUGGUGACAACUGGGACGAUGCUCAGGCUUCUGAGACUUGCUUUGGCCUUCUACGGGAGGACGGCCGACCCUGCAGAGCGACAGGGCCCACAGCAGCAGCGCCUCCCACAAGGUGACACCCAGUUGACAACUGUGCAGGGAGUUGUCACAAGUUUCUGUGGUGAUUAUGGCGUGAUUGAUGAGUCGAUCUACUUCAGUAGUGAUGUUGUGACUGGCAACGUGCCUCUAAAAGUUGGACAAAAAGUUAAUGUGGUUGUGGAAGAAGAUAAACCACUUUAUGGAUUGAGAGCAAUCAAGGUGGAUGUUGUGCCUCGCCAUCUUUAUGGUGCUGGACCCGCAGACUCAGGAACCAGAGUUUUAAUUGGAUGUGUUACUUCUAUAAAUGAAGAUAAUAUUUAUAUUAGUAACAGCAUUUAUUUUUCCAUAGCCAUUGUUUCUGAAGAUUUUGUGCCUUAUAAGGGUGACUUGUUAGAAGUUGAAUAUUCCACUGAGCCAGGCAUCUCAAACAUCAAGGCAACUUCUGUGAAGCCCAUCCGUUGUAUUCAUACGGAAGAGGUCUGCAUUACUAGCGUACAUGGAAGAAAUGGGGUGAUAGAUUAUACUAUUUUUUUCACCUUGGAUUCUGUGAAACUUCCUGAUGGAUACGUACCUCAAGUAGAUGAUAUCGUCAAUGUGGUCGUGGUGGAGAGCAUUCAGUUCUGCUUUAUUUGGAGAGCGAUUUCUAUCACCCCAGUGCAUACAUCCAGCAGCGGAUUCCAGGAUGACGGAGGCCUGAGACGGCCCAAAAGGGAACGUCGGAGCCAAAGCAUUUAACUGAAAAGUCAUCAGGGACAGCAUGUUAAAGGCAUGAUUUAAAGUUACAAUUUGACUUCAGUUUUGAGCCCCGUUAUGCUGCCUGUACAACCUGUAUUGUUCCAUAGCCUCUUUCAUCUUCUGUCACCCACAUAACUUGCAGUGUUUAUUGUUUUACUUGUUCCUUCUUCCCCAUGCUAGAAUGUAAACUCCACAAUGGCAGGAUGUCUUUUAAUCUGUUUUUUUUUUCUUUUUUCUUUCUUUUUUUUCUGUUGUCAUUAAAGCAUCACCAAGCACUUAGAAGAGUGCCUGGCAGACUCAAUGAGCAGAUAAAAUGUUAUUAAGUUCAAUGAUUGAAUGACUGGGCCAGCAAUGAUACUUACCUGUGGUUCAUUCAUCACUGGUUCCUUAGGAAUAAAAUUGUUGAGCAAUGCACUAA